AAGUAUAUAGCUUUUUUCGUUUUUUACUACGGAGCGUACCAUAUCCCAAUUUAUAAAUUGGAUACAGAUGUGACUAAUGUCUAUUACAAUAAGAAAACUCUAAUACUCGGUUUUCCAUUUUUGUGUACCAAUUUAAAUGGUAUGCCAAUUCUACGUGUACAUAUUCUUUGUAGAUUAAUUUUAAAUAUGGGUUGCUAUGUUAAAAAAUGUUUGCAAAUUACUCCAUCGGACUAAAGAGCUUUUUACGCCUUCCUGAAUUUAGUAACUGACGAGAGGGAUGUCGCACUACGUGAGACACAAUAGGAGAAAUAAAAUAUCCUAAUGUGUCUCACGUAUUGCAGUGCAUUACCUAUAUGAAUUUUAAAGGCCAGUCUAGAAGUGAACAAUUUUUCACCAUUCUGAUCAAAUUCUCUGAUCGAAUCAGGGGUAUUCACGUUUGGAGGCAUUUUUUUUAUUUAGAGCGCUCAAAUAUCACCAUAAAUCUAAAAUUGGUGAUUAAACUUUCUUCAAUUUAUUUUCUAGUCAAAUCGGUCGAUUUCAUCAUCCCGUCUGGACUGGCCUUAAAACACAUCUUUUCCCCAUUACUUCUUUCAUGAGCACGAAUGAUAAAGGAAAACGUUGGGAAAGCGGUACUUUUAAAAAUGACGGCUCACUUAAAGUCUUGAAUGUAAAAAUUCAAAGUUUAUUUUGAAGAAUUUUCGAUUCUCAUCUAUUCGGUAUGGUAAUAAAAGUGGGAAUCAACAGCUUUGGCCGAAUUGGCAGAGUUAUAUUUAGAACUUGUACUGAACACUCGGAUAUAGAAGUUUCGGCAAUCAACGACCCAGUCAUCGACCUAGAGUACAUGUGCUAUUUAAUAAAAUUUGAUUCUACGCACGGGAAAUUCUCCGGGACCGUGUCACACGAAGCCGAUGAAAUAAAAGUCAAUGGCCAGUCUAUAAAGGUGUUCCACCACAAGGCGCCGGCAGACAUACCGUGGCACGAAGCCGGUGUGCAAUAUGUUGUGGAAGCUUCUGGUAUGUUCACCAGCGUGGAAAAGGCGUCGGGUCAUUUGACCAGCGAAGGAGUCAGGAGAGUGGUAGUAACGGCCCCGAGCGCGGAUGCGCCUAUGCUCAUACUGGGCGUCAACGAAAACAGCAUAAAACCGGAUAUGAAAGUAAUAUCAUGCGCCUCCAGCACCCUUUACUGCCUGGCGCCCAUCAUCAAGGUUCUAGAAGACGCGUAUGGAGUAGGCGACGGGUUCGUGACCAGUAUACACGCCAUGACGCCGUCGCUCAAGCCACUGGAUGGCCUGUGUGUUCGAGGCAAGCACUGGCGCGACCACCGCAGCAUCCACCAGAACAUCAUCCCCGCAGCGACGGGCGCGUGCCGCGCGCUCGGCAAGAUCCUCCCCGCCUGCAGGGAUCGGCUCGCCGGCCUGGCCUUCCGAGUGCCCGUCGUCAACGGCUCCGUGCUCGACAUCACGCUUAGGUUGAAUAAGAACACCAGUAUAGCAGAAAUAUCCAAAACUAUAGAAGAUUCAAAUAACUCCUUAUUACGAAACAUUAUACAAGUGUCCAAAGAGAAGGCCGUAUCAUCCGACUUCUUGGGAGACACGCAUUCCUGCGUUUUAGACACCGAUUCGAGCCUGCAAAUAAAACCUAACUUUUUCAAACUAAUAUGUUGGUACGAGAAUGAGUACUCUUACUCGUGUAGAGUCAUUGACACAGUGUUAUUCUUAGAAACACAGUUCCAAGCACAGAUUCUUACACCUACUAGACUCAUGUACAUGAGACCCGUACCCAGUAACCUUCAGAAUAUAGAAAAUAGCCAAGGAGAUGUUAGAAGACCAUACGUUUCGUUCUGUGUACCUGGAUUAUUGAACAAUCGCCCAAAUAUUAAACCUAGCUUACAAAGCCUUGAAAUGAAAGCCACAACUGCACAAUAUUCUAUACAUCAUCAAUCAAUCGGUCCACCAUCUAUUCGGGGAAACAAAGAAUCCAUUAAAUCCUAUAUUGACAGACUUACGAAAUGCAAAUGUAAUGAAAAGCAAAAUAUAGAUGACAAUAUAAGGAUAGAUUCAAAGGAUGAUAAUGAACACAAGGUAGAGAAUUGUUUUAAAAAAAUCGAGAAAGAGGUUUCUGAAAUGUUAAACAUAGCUGAAGAUUUGUUAAAUAAAUCGUCCAGUAAAAAACUGCUGGUAGCAAAGAAAUCAAAAAAGAUAUGUAUAAAAGAAUCGAAAAACAGAGACAUAAUGAGAAAAAAUAUUAUAGCAAAAAUUUCAGACACCCUUGAAAAAAUUAGGGAGGUGAAAAUAGACACACUAAACACUGAUAUUACCGGAGCUCAUAAGAAAUUAGACGUCGACGAUUAUCUAGAUAAAGUAAGCCUGCCUACUGACGCCGAUUCACUCAGCAACUCUCAACUUAAAUUGCGGAAGUCUAACUCACAGACUAAAACUGUUAAUUCUAAUAUUUCAUUGAAUACAUUGAUGUACAAAAAAUACCCAGAUUCUCGCGAUGUUGCAAAUUUUCCAUUAACUAACGAUAAUACAUUUUAUAUUAGUAACGAUCUGAAAUCUGAAUAUCAUACAAAUGUUCACGAUGAAGACGAUACGAGUACAGUGGCAACUAUAGUGAGUGAAAAACUAGAGAAUACACUAAAAUUUUUGAAUAACACCACACAGGGUAAAUCAAAAGUAACUAAUCAUUUUUCAAAGAAGUGUAAUGAGAGAAGUGAUAGCAUUAAACGAAAUGGUCGAAAUGAAAUAAAAUGUAACACAUCUGAAAAUAAAGACAAAACUGAAACUGUUGUGAGCAUUUCUAAUUUAAAUAUGGACAGGAAAGCAGAAUCUGACUCUAAAGAAGAUGUGAAACAAGAAUGUAUUGAACUGAAAGAAACUGUAGGCUUAAAUAAUAUUCAUGAGGCUCGAAACAACAAUAAUGAUAUUAAAAACGUAGAUGGCAAAGCGACUGAAAAGUUUAUGAACUCUCCAGGAUGCUCUAGCAGCACAAUAGGAAAUGUUUCCGAAAAAUCUUUCAGUGGUAUCAUUUCUAGUUACGCUACUGUAAGCAAAAAUAAUAGCUCAUACAGAACACAAGAUAUUUAUGAUAAAUUGGACAGUGAAAGCAUGUCGGACUCUGGAAGUUCUUAUAGAAUACGCGAGAAAACUUCACAAGUUAUAAAUAUUACAGAUUUGACUUAUUCACUAGAGGAUUUGCCGCGCUUAGAUAAGAUUUGCAGAGUUAUUGAAAUAUCCGAUGAGUUAUCAGACAAGAUGUUUUCUCCCCUCGCCGACGAUAACUACGACAACACCACAAACAGAAAAUGGUCAUUUCAAGAUUUGUGUGAAAGAAUAAAGUAUGACGAGUUUUUCAAUGGAUUGUUUGAAAAGUCUGCAUCAUAGGUCUACUGAAUGUCUAAAAGCUGUAGUGUACGUAAUAAAGUAAUUCAUUUUAAAAAUAAA